ACUUCACCUCCGCAACGCUCGACUAGACAUGGCUCGUAAUGAAGAGAAGGCACAAUCUAUGCUCUACCGUUUCCGUGAAGCCCAAGCGGCAGAGCUUGGGCUUGGAACACGGGCGGACCGCCGACCGCGAAUGGCCAGUUCGUGUAAGAGCUUGCGAGAAUGCGAGCGGUGGAGAGGAGAGAUUCUGCGAGAGAUUAGCAGGAAAGUCAGCAAAAUCCAGGAUGCUGGCUUGACGGACUAUGAAGUCCGGGACCUGAACGACGAGAUCAACAAGCUCAUGCGGGAGAAGCGGCAUUGGGAGAAUCAGAUAGUCGCGUUGGGAGGUGCCAACUACCGGCGGAAUGUCCCCAUGCUGGACGAGGAUGGCAAAGAGGUUCCGGGGACGAAAGGAUACAAGUACUUCGGACGAGCGAAGGACCUUCCUGGUGUUCGGGAGCUCUUCCAGUCAAAGAAGAAAGAGGAGGAUGAAGAGAACCAAAUCCAAAGUUUUUAUAAACGAUUUACCAAUCAAGGUCCGGCCUACUACGGCGACCUGGACGAAGUAGACGGGAAACUGAUAGAAGCUGAACGCCAACGAGAACAAGAAGAAUGGGAAGAAGCCUAUCUCAAUUUACUCGGGACGCUCGGUCUGCCAACCGAUGAACCUAUUCCCGCGUUACCCGUGUCCAAUGCCAAGGCGGCCACCGUAACAAUAUCUGACUCCGACAUAACCGAACCGCCACCGAACAGCACGAAGCGAAAAGUACCGGACGAAGAUAUUGACAUGGCUGACGGUAAGCGAACGAAGACUGACGAUUCCAGUGCUGCGAAGGUGGAGGAGCCAGAAGAUAAGGAACAAUUGGAGAUGAUUGUGACUGCGGCUGCGUCCUAUAUACCGUUCUUAUGCCCGGAGCACUUAUUGCCUCCAAAGAUACCAGGAAGGGAAGAGAUGGAGAAAAUUCUCUUGGAUGUACGGAAGAAGGCGGUUCUAGAGGAGUACUUUGGAUAGUGUUUCAAGCUGUUGUGCAUAGUCAUCGCCUUCUUUGUUUAUUAUAGUGACGUUGAAAUGAUUAGGAUAUUGCU